AACACUACUUCCAAAAUGUCUUCCUCAAAGCACAUUUCCUUUAUUCUCUUCUCAUUCACUUCGGCUUUCCUUCUCCAAACAUGUCUCGGAGCCUAUGCUCCUCUCCUCCAUUUAUGUUCAAACUCUCAAAACUUCACACCCUCUAGUCCCUAUGAAGCAAAUUUGAAAACUCUCAUUAACUCGCUUAUCUACAAGACACCUUCAACAGGUUUUGGGGUAGGCUCAGUGGGCCAAUACCAAAACCAAAAAGCCUAUGGGCUUGCUCUUUGCCGUGGUGACGUGUCAGCCUCAGAAUGCAAAACUUGUGUCUCUGAGGCAACCAAAGAAAUUCUCACUAGUUGCCCAUACAACAAAGGUGGAAUCAUAUGGUACGAUUAUUGCAUGUUCAAGUACUUAGACACUGAUUUCUUUGGCAACAUUGACAACACAAACAACUUCUCUAUGUUGAACGUGCAAAACGUGAGUGACCCUUUAAUGUUUAACUACAUGACCAAGGAAUUGUUGAGCCUUCUUGCCCAUAAAGCUUCUGUGAGCACUAAAAUGUAUUCAACAGGAGAUCUAAAGGUUGGUGGAGAAUCACAGAAAAUUUAUGGGUUAACUCAGUGCACUAGAGACCUUUCUAGUGGCGAUUGUAAGAAGUGUCUUGAAGAUGCAAUUAACGAGCUUCCAAGUUGUUGUGAUGGAAAACAAGGAGGCAGAGUUGUAGGUGGAAGCUGCAACGUUCGAUAUGAGAUAUAUCCAUUUGUGAAAGAGUAGAACAAUUACUUGGUUGAGGACGACGUGGUUGAAUAAGAAUUUUAGACAAC